CCCGGCUCCCCGCUCCCACCCAGGUCCUAGGCUCCCCUCCCGGUCCCGGACGCGUCUCCUCCGUUCACCACGCUGCCGGAGUGCCGGGCGCUUCUGGCCCCGACACCGUGGGCCACCCCGGCCCUUGUGCGCGCUCUCUCUCUCUCUCUCUCUCUCUCUCUCUCUCUCUCUCUCGUAGCGAAUAGCGAUCUAUCUAUCACUCGGGGUUGGGGUCGGGCGCGCAACUUUUCCUUCCUUCUUAUUGACAUCUCCCAGAGCUCUCUCGCUCGCAUCUCUCCACCAACCGGCGGCACCACCAGAUUCCUCUCUUCCUCUGCUCUAGCUUCUUCUAGCUAGCCCCCUCCUUCGCACCACGCACUAUUAUCUCAUCCGUUCUUUCCUUCAGUCUAUGUUUAUUUGCUCUGCACAUCAUCGCUCGGUGGCCCUGUCCUCGCUACCUUCCAAUUAGUCGGCAAGGCAAAGGCACCGGCAGAGAGGAAGAAGGCCAGUUCUAUAGUAUAUAUGACGAUCAGGGUAAUGAACUAGCUACCGGCUGCACAGUUUUGUGGGGGUGUGUCCGCGUGGUGUGUUGUGUGUGUCUAGCUAGCUAGGUUUUGCGUGUGGCUCGUCGAUCUGCUUGGCAGAACAGACCACGGCGAUCGUCACGUUUGGCUAGGGUACUCGGCUAGUGACCGACGUAUUCUGAUGAUGGCCGGGGCACCGCCGAUGCACAUCUGCCUGGACUCGGACUGGCUCAAGGGCAUCGUUCCCGAGGAGCCUGGGAUGGGAUCGUCGUCACCGUCAGCGGAGCUGAUCGCGUGCCCUAGGCCAAUGCACGCCACGGCUGCCGCGGCGGACCGGCGUCUGCGCCCGCAGCACGACCAGCCACUCAAGUGCCCGCGAUGCGAGUCCACGCACACCAAGUUCUGCUACUACAACAACUACAGUCUCUCCCAGCCGCGCUACUUCUGCAAGACGUGCCGCCGCUACUGGACCAAAGGCGGAUCGCUCCGCAACGUCCCGGUUGGUGGGGGAUGCCGCAAGAACAAGCGCGCCAGCGCCAAGAAACCACCCGCGCCACCGAUGCAGCCGCCGCACAUGUCGGAGACGGGCCUCCACCUGUCCUUCUCCGGCGUGCAGCAGCUGCCGCCGGCCGAUCCGCUUUGCAGCCUCGGCCUUUUGGACUGGAAGUAUGACCCGAUCCUCACAGGUUCCGGUGGCGUCGCUGGCUCGUUGGAUGGCGCCAGCUCCGAGACGCACUUCGCAGGGACGGGCAUGCUGGGCAUCCCAGGUGGCAGCGGGGGCGGCGAGUGCCACGCGCUGAGCGCGCUCCGGUACGCGGCCGGCCUGGGCGAGAACCUGCAGGUGCAGGGUCUCCCGUUUGGGGCGCGCGCUGAGCACGACGCGAUGGAGAUGAAGCCUGCGGCGACGGACAGGCUGCUCUCGCUGGACUGGUACAGCGAGACAAGCCGCGCGCCAGAGAGCGCCAUCAGCUCGUUGGGCGCGCUGGGCCUGUGGAGCGGCAUGCUCGGCGGUGCGCACCAGCACCAUGGCUCGUCGGCGGCCAUCUAAGACCCUAGCAAAACGUGCCUCCAUGCUUGCGUUGCAUUGCACCAGUUUGCUAAUGGCGUUAACAAGUAUGAGUGACUACGUAGAAAUGCUUGUUUUUUUACCUGUUUUUAUCUUCUGUUUCGUUUCGUCGUUUGUUUUUUGGACGAUCCAUGUUUGCCGCUCGUCAUUUCAGAUGAUGUCUCUGUUGUUGUACCGCUUCAAAGUUCAAACACUUGCUGUGGUUCAAAUUACAGUUUGCUGGUGAUUGAUGAGCCC